UGCCUCCGACAGAAGACGCUCUAGCUGAGAAUCGAACGGACAACGUCUUGCUAUGAGGCGAGAACGCUAACUAAAUAUCCGAAAAUAAUGACUUUCACAUACUAACGAGAAACGGCAAACUUCGCCUUUUUUUAAUUACCUACAACCAUGUAUGGUGUAUAUAAGAGAGGGCUUCCCCUAGCAAAAACAACUUUAAAGGAAAACGUGGAUUUCGGAUUUUUUUUAGCAAUUCCGGGCUCAGAAUUACAAUACAAAGGUAUAAUGCACACAUUACAGCCAUCAGAAACCCAUUCUGUACUAACACGUACAAUCAUCCCCACAAAUAUACAAAACAUUACAUUAACGGUUUCCACAAAAGCAAGUCCUCUUUUGUUGACGCAAUUCAAUAGCGCCACCCCAACAGCUUAAAUUGGCAAUGUGAUUGUACAGUUAGAGGAGUUAGCUUUUUUCAUUACUACUGCAGCAUGUUUUAUGCGAGAAAGAUUUUUUCUGGCAGCUUGAGCCGAAAUAGUUGUAGAUCUUUUUGUCUGACGCGAAUAAGCUGUAGCAACACAAAGGGUCUCAUCCUGGGAGUCUUUGAAAAGGCGCAGGAAGAUGAUGUUCUUCAGUUUACUGAGGCAGGAGAAGCUUUUGAUAAGUCUUUAUCGGGAAAACUGCGAGAACUGCUUUCGUAUGGUCCUGCUAUGAAGAAAGGCAAAACUCGUGUAUUCUGUGGUCUGCAUCAGGAUUUUCCAAACAUUGCUGUUGUUGGCCUUGGCAAAAAAUCCUCUGGAGUGUGCAGUCUUGAGCUUUUGGAUGAGGGCAAAGAAAAUAUUCGCACAGCGGUUUCAGUGGGGUGCAGACAGUUGCAGAGUCUGGAAAUACCUUCUGUGGAAGUAGAUCCCUGUGGAGAUCCCCAGUCCGCAGCUGAAGGGGCUGUUCUGGGACUGUUUGAAUACGAUGAACUCAAAGAAAAAAAGAAAACUGCAGUCACUGUCCAGCCUUUCAGAAGCACUGAAAAUGAAGCCUGGCAGAAAGGAGUUAUGUAUGCUGAAGGACAGAAUCUGGCUCGUCGUUUGAUGGAAACCCCAGCAAAUCUUAUGACUCCGACUAUUUUUGCAGAUAAGAUUCAGCAGAAGCUCAGCUCUUUGAGUGGCAAAGUACAGGUUCAUAUAAGAGCAAAAUCCUGGAUAGAAGAGCAGAAGAUGGGUGCCUUCCUUAGUGUGGCUAAAGGCUCAGAUGAAGCUCCUAUCUUCCUAGAAAUACACUACAAUGGAAGUAAUAAUUCAAAUGAAGACCCCUUGAUUUUUGUAGGAAAAGGAAUUACCUUUGACAGUGGUGGAAUUUCACUAAAACCUUCGUCAGGCAUGGAUGCUAUGAGAGCUGAUAUGGGAGGAGCAGCAACUGUAUGUUCUGCCAUUCUUACAGCAGCUGCUUUGCACAUACCCCUUAAUAUUAAAGGUUUGGCUCCUCUGUGUGAGAACAUGCCAAAUGGUAAAGCAAAUAAGCCCGGGGAUGUUGUCAAGGCAAAGAAUGGGAAAACAAUACAGGUUGAUAACACUGAUGCUGAGGGACGACUCAUCCUAGCAGAUGCCCUCUGUUACGCGCACACAUUUAACCCAAAGGUUAUUGUUAAUGCAGCAACAUUAACAGGUGCCAUGGAUGUAGCCCUGGGAUCAGCUGCGACUGGUGUCUUUACAAAUUCAGACUGGCUGUGGACUCACCUGCAGCAGGCAAGCAUUGUGACAGGGGAUCGUGUUUGGAGGAUGCCUCUUUUUCAGCACUAUACUAAACAAGUAGCAGAGUCCCAACUUGCAGAUCUGAACAAUGUUGGAAAACAUGCAAAGUCUGGAGGAGCCUGUACAGCUGCUGCAUUCCUAAAAGAAUUUGUUACAGUCCCCCACUGGGCCCACUUGGAUAUAGCUGGUGUGAUGUCCAACAAGGAUGAAAUUGCACAUCUUGGAAAAGGCAUGUCAGGAAGACCCACACGGACUUUAGUGGAACUUGCUGAUCGUCUGAGUCAAGACAAGCAAAUAAUGUGAAUAAUAUAGUCCUCUAGUCUGCCUUAAAUAUACUCUUAUAUGCUGAGUGGCAUUUUACACUUAACUGUACUUGGUUAUUGCAGAAAAAAAAACUUUUGCCACAUAGGUUACAAAUAAAUCUAAUGAUGCAUUCUUAA